AUGCGUUCUGUUAUUCGAAAGACUCUGAAUCGUAAUUUGUCCUCUGAAAAUUAUAUCUGUGCCGCCUCAUAUUCUAAAACAGAAAUCACAAAUAAAGACCCCCCCCCACCUCCCAAAUCGCUUAUGCAAUAUCUACGCCUUAUAUACGUGGACACAACAAGCUUAAAAUUUAUUUGUAUCUAUCUAUGUUUGCUCGUAUCUAUCUAUCUAUCUAUCUAUCUAUCUAUCUAUCUAUGCUUCUUCAAAAUAUGCUGGACGAGCUGCAUAAGACACAGAUCGAAACCGGCUGAAAACAGAAGUAAAACGCAAAUCAUCUAUCUAUCUAUCUAUCUAUCUAUCUAUCUAUCUAUCUAUCUAUCUAUCUAUCUAUCUAUCUAUCUAUGUUCAUAUCUAUCUAUCUAUCUAUCUAUCUAUGUCUGUUCAUAUCUAUCUAUCUAUCUAUCUAUCUAUCUAUCUAUCUAUCUAUCUAUGUCUGUUCAUAUCUAUCUAUCUAUUUAUCUAUGUUCAUAUCUAUCUAUCUAUCUAUUUAUUUAUCUAUGUCUGUUCAUAUCUAUCUAUCUAUCUAUCUAUCUAUCUAUGUCUGUUCAUAUCUAUCUAUCUAUGUUCAUAUCUAUCUAUCUAUCUAUCUAUGUUCAUAUCUAUCUAUCUAUGUCUGUUCAUAUCUAUCUAUCUAUUUAUCUAUGUUCAUAUCUAUCUAUCUAUCUAUCUAUCUAUCUAUCUAUCUGUCUGUUCCUAUAUAUCCACCAAUCUGUUUGUUUCAAUCUAUUUAUGUAUAUUUGUUCAUAUCUAUCUGUGUGUGUUUGUUCCUAUCUAUCUAUCUAUCUAUCUAUCUAUCUAUCUAUCUAUCUAAACGUCAUGGCUCCAAAGGAGUUAAAUUUCCCAGGGGAAAUAUCCAUAACAACUCUAUCACUUACGUAUUCUUGUCCGUUGUUAUCGAGACACAGUCCAACAGCUUCCCCCUAUUCCAAACGGCUCUUCACAGCGCACACCGACACAAACAAACUCGCCCCCUGCUGUCAAAGACCCAUCAACAAAUGUAACCAAUGGCUUAAUAAGAACAACAGCUGA